CUUCCUCCAACCACCCACACACUCUCUCUCUCCCUCCCUCUCUCAAUUAUUUAUUCUCUCAAAUUUUUCUUGUGAAGGAUUUAAAUUUUACAUGCAUGGAUAAUUUCAGGAAAAGUAAAACUCACACCAGUUCACAGACAUCUGAAUCUCAUCACCGGUCUGCAGGUCACUUUGCUCAAGAGGUAAAUAAUCGGAACUUGCAGGACUCGCCUGAGGCAGAAUCUAUGUCUACAGAAUGGACAGAUGAGAAGCAUAGUUUGUACCUUAAAUCUAUGGAAGCAUCAUUUGUUAAUCAACUAUACAAUUCCACGGAUUAUCUUGGAUGGGGCUCUUAUAAAAUUGACGCAUCAGUUAUCACACCAUCUAGGCAAAUACAACGUAAUUCUUCCGGCCAGUUUAAGGUUCUUAGAGGUGGCAGCUGGCAGAGGAUCAAUUUCCAAAGACCUGAUUUGAAACCAAAUAAAGCACAUGAUUCUAGUAAUCUUUUGGCAAGUCCAUGGAUCCGGCACUAUAAGUCUGCAAGGAAGCCCCAAACUGUUGUACCUACAACUGCGGGGGGUGUUUCAGGAACCGAAUGUCAAGCAACCAAAUCUAGUGGGAAUAAGGCUUUGUCCUGUUGGGAAGCUACUAGUUCAGGGCACUCUGAUGCAUAUCGCUCUCAUUUGUACCAUCAUGAUAUGGUUGGCAGCUGCACAGAGGCAUCAGAUCAGAACUUCAUUGAUGAAGAAAUUGAAGGUGAAAAAGCAAGCCGAAUGUGCAGCUCAAAGAAGAUGAAAACACACAUAAGUACUGCAUCAAGUCAUGAUCAGGUCGUUCCACUCCAAGACAACAAACCUCCCCUGAAAGAAAGUUGUCAAGAAAAGUGUUCUUUUGCGGCCAGAUAAUAAACUUGCACCAGCAGUUCUUAGAUCAAGAACGCAAUUGCUCGUUUAUUUUCUAACCUAAUGGUUAAUGCAGGCAAUUCUGUGCACCGCAUCAUGAUGACUAACCAAAGUUUAAAGCUAAGUAUUUGUGCUUAUGUUUGUUGUCGUUGUGACAUUUUAUGUCUAAGCCAAAGAAGGGGACAACUGACCUUCCUCUUUACUCUACUAUGCUAUCUGCAUGAAUGUAUUCUGGGCAUAGAGUUUGUCUAUAUUUUUUGUCUUUCAUUCGGUUGUUAAUUAUGCACGCACUGUGUUGGAUAUCUGAUCAGUUGGGGAAUUGGGUAACGUGAAAAUUUACUGCAUUAGAGUUUUUCAAUAUUAUUUUGUUGUAUGCUAUAAGAGCACUGUAUGUAUUGCUUUAGCAACAAGGAAAGAGGUUUUGAUGAA